GGUACAAAAUAGAUAUCUUACCCAGCCCCCUUGCUAAGGCUGCCAAGACAUGGGCUAAUGUUCCUGCUUCAUUCCCAUCAAUCCAAAGUCCAAAGGAGAUUGAUUCCAUUGCCCAAGCCAGACUAAGGUGUUUCAUCUUCUGCCAAUGGGAAGCAUUAAUAGCAUGGCCUCAAUGUGGAAGGCUACUACUACCAAGUUGCUCAAUUCUGACAAUUCAUAGCAGGAGCAACCAUCUUUCUGGGAUUAAAUUAAGGAUCACCUUCACAUGGGCUUCUCUUGAAGUUCUAAAUACCUUAUUCACAUGA